AUGCCAAGAUAUAUGUUGACGAACUGCACGUCAGCAGCAGCAUUAUGUAUUCAAUUUGUGGCCGGCCUUUCUAACGCCGUCGUCGAUCGGACGGCAGCUUCACAUUAUGCGCAACCGUUUUAUCAGAAUCAAAACUAUUCCGCCAUUCCGGACCAUCAUCCAGCCAUUGUGCCAUCCCCAAACCGAUACCACAGCUACGGAAUCGCCGGCUCGAAUAUCAAGGGUCUCAAUUCCCUCACUCUACAUCCAGGAUCCUAUGAACCACCCCUUGCCGCCCACUCAUUCCGCUUGUAUUCGAUGCGUUUCUGUCCGUUCGCCCAACGUGUCGUCAUCUACUUGGCGAAGAAAAACAUUCCGGUUGAGAUCGUGAACGUGAAUCCGGAUAAGGGACCGAAUUGGUUCCUUGCAAAGAGUCCGUUGGGUCGAGUGCCAGCUUUGGAAAUCAAUGGAAAGAUUCUCUGGGAAUCAAACGUGAUUUGCGAGUAUUUGGAUGAUCUGUUCCCGUCUACCUCCAUCCUUCCAAAGGACCCGUAUGAGAAAGCCCAGCAGAAGAUUGUCCUGGAGCGCCUUUCGCCGCUGAUGAACGCGCUAUUCGAAUUCUUCCGCGGAACUACCCCUCAGCAGAUGCGUCAAGUUGAUAACACUCUGCAUUCGGCUCUCCGUAACGCCGAAGCUUUGCUGACGGACUCAUUUUAUGGAGGUCGCACCGUUGGGUAUUCUGAUAUCCUCCUUUGGCCGUUCCUCGAGCGGUUGGAGCUGGUGACGCUGAACCCACACACCCAGUUCCACUAUUUCCCUGGUCUUCAUUACCCCAAAAUCGGUGCUUAUAUCGCCAGGAUGCAACGGCAGCCAGAGAUCAAAUUUGCCACUCGACCACUUGCCCAUCACAAAGCAUACGUUGACAGCUAUUCAGCAGGUCGCCCCAAUUACGAUUACGGUAUCUUUAAC